AUGCAGUUAGAUGCCGAUGUGGAUGAGCUGAGAGAGAAACUUACCGACGAGGCGGAGAUGGAAGGUGAAGUGUUGGCUCGAAUCUCCGAUCUUAUCCACAACAUGUUUGAGACAUUUGGAGAGGCGUUCUUUGAUUGCGUGGAGCCGUUAUUACCCAAUUUCGUACAGCUGAUCGAUUUCCAUCGCGCUUAUCCAUCCCGGCAGUAUGGUGUUUGCUACAUCGAUGACUGUAUUGAGUUUGCGCCAAGGGUAAGCUUUCUGAUUCCUCAUACUCUAGAGGAAUGGUUUAAAUGCGCUUGUAGGUGUGCGAAAUAUCAAGAACAAUUCGUACCUCUUAUGCUCAAAUGUCUUGCGGAUGAUUAUCCGGAAGUUCGUCAAGCAGCUGCAUAUGGGUUUGGAGUGAUGGGUAUGGUUGGCGGAGCGGAAUAUCUGAACACAGUCACACACGCCCUAGAACCUCUUGCUGCUAUGGUGAACAGUCCGGAAGCGCGUCUUACAGAGGAGAGUUCGGGUGCUACAGAUAAUGGUAUCGCGGCGGUAGCGAAAAUUUUGAAAUAUUCCGGUGCCAAUAUAGAUAUCACUCAGGUAGUCCCUGCCUUCUUGUCUUGGUUGCCUACUCAUGAAGACGUGACGGAAGCGCCUCAUAUCUAUGGUUAUCUUGCUGACCUUAUCGAGUCCAAUCAUCCUGCUGUACUUGGUGAUAAUAACAGUAAUUUACCACGGAUCGUAUAUAUAAUAGUGUCAGCAUUUCUCCUCGAAGCUUUUCCACAAACUGAUGAAGGUAACGCAGUUGCUCAACGGCUACAACACAUACUCAAGGUGCUCCAUAACAACACGGAAAUGUUUGAAGCUGUUGUUCAAGCAGCCAAUCUUGACGAGAAAAGAACCGAAACCUUGCGUGGCCUCAUCUCGUGA